AUGGAUUGUUAUUUAUGUAUAUAUAAUGGAAAUAAACCUCAAUGCCCAUCUAAAAGAUUUGCAAGAAUUUCAAUAUAUCAUAAACCUAAUAAAAAAUGUAAAAGAAAUGGUGAAUUACCAUAUGAAAUUCAUAUAUCAUAUCCAAAUGAAUCAGAAUUUAUUAUCACAUUAUUACCAAAUUCAAUAACAGAUAUAGAAAUAGAUAAAUGCCAUCUUGGAGAAUGUUUAUUAUUUAUAAAUGAUUAUGAUUUACGUUUAUAUAUAACUGAAGCACAUCCAGUAUUAUUACAAAUGAUGGCAAAAAAUUUUAAAGCUUUACUAGAAUUUCGUUAUUCUGAUGUAGAUUUAAUUAGUCCUUUUAAAUUUUUAAUUGAUAAUACAUUAAUUAAUAAUAACUUUUAUGAAAUAAUUAUAAAUAUGAAUUAUUCACGUUAUGUUACUCAAAUUGCUUGUAAAGUACCGUCUAAUGUUGAACAUAUUAUGGCACUUAAAAAAUGUAAAUAUUUACGACAUUUACAUUUAACAUGUCCCUUAGAUAUGGAUAGAAGUAUUUAUUGUAGUGAUGCUUUUUUUGAAAUUCUUAAAAAUUUUAUAUAUUUAGAAUGUUUUUUACUUGUUGAUAGUUUUGUUUAUCAAAAUGGUAUGCUUCAAAAAAUUUUAAAUUGUUUACCUAGUAAUAUUAAAAGUAUAACUCUUGAGAAAAAUUUUGGUACCACAUUACCAGAUUGUUUUGAACGAUUUACUAAAUUAGAAACUUUAAUUUUAAAAGGCAAUUGUUUAUAUACACUUCCAUUAUCAUUAAUAUUUUGCAAAAAUUUAAAAUUAUUAGAUAUUCGUUCAUACUCAAGAGGCUUUCAAUAUAUAAGUCAUGAAUUUAUUGGAGCAUUCCCAAAAGCAACAAUUAAUUAUGCAAAUAUGAAUAUACCUUCAAAUAGAUUUAUUUAUGGAAAAUAUUCAGCAACAGAAGUUCAAGAAACUUGUGAAUGUGGUUUUUUUGAAAAUGAUUCAUUAGAGGAACCUCAAACAUUAAAAAGUGCUUGUAUGAAAUCAAUGAAUGAUGAUGAAUAUUUAACACUGCCAUAUGAUACAAAUAAUCGCAUGGAAACAUCUUUUGUUUGUUAUAAUUGCAAAAAAAUAUCAUUUACAGAAGGACAUGAAUGUUUUUAUACACAAAAUUUUAUUCAAAUAAUUGGAAAACGUUUUGAUGUUUAUAAAAAUAAAGAUCACCUUGAAACAGUAUAUUUUAAAUAUAAAUAUUGUAAAUGCUGUAAAAAUAAAAUGAGAGAAAAAGCUUUAUGUUAA